GGUUACCCCUGCCCUGCCCCCUGUUACCCCUUGUGACCCCAGGCUCCUGCAGAACUAUCUCCAGGCCCAGAGCCUGUCCUUGUUGUGCUCUCUGUGCCCCCUGACCCCUGUGACCCCACGGCCCCUGUGACCCCCAUGGCCCCUGUGACCCCAGGUGCCUGCAGAACUACAUCCCGGCCCAGAGCCUGUCCCUGUCGUGCCCUGUGUGCCGCCAGACCUCGAUCCUGCCCGAGCGGGGGGUCCCAGCACUGCCCAACAACUUCUUCAUCACCAACCUGAUGGAGGUGCUGCAGCGGGACCCCGACCCCCGUGGGGCCCCCCCUGCGCCCCUGCCCCCCUUGGGCGCCGCCACCGGGCAGCCCCUCUGCUGCCCCAACCACGAGGGAAAGGUGAUGGAGUUCUACUGUGAGACCUGCGAGACAGCGAUGUGCCGGGAGUGCACGGAGGGGGAGCGGCGGGAGCACCGGGACCACCACACGGUGCCACUGCGGGAUGUGCUGGAGCAGCACAAGGCGGCCCUGCAGCACCAGCUCGAUGCUGUGCGUGCCAGGCUCCCUCAGCUUGCAGCAGCUGUGGGGCUGGUGGCCGAGAUCAGCCGGCAGCUGGGGCAGCGCCGUGCCGAGGCCGAGGCUGAGAUUGGGAGCAGCUUCGAGGAGCUGGAGGCAGCUCUGCGGCAGCGACGGGAGGUGCUGCUGCGCGACCUGGAAGCCACCUGUGCUGCCAAGCAGCAGGUGCUGGAGGCGCAGCUGGAGGUGCUGCGGCAGGGCCAGGAGAGCAUCCUGAGCAGCUGUGCGUUCACAGAGCAGGCGCUGCACCACGGCUCGGCCACAGAGGUGCUGCUGGUGCAGAAGCAGAUGGGCGAGCGGCUGCGGGAGCUGGCGGCGCGGCCCUUCCCCGAGCACCCUCACGAGAACGCGCAGCUCGAGUUCCGCGCCGAGCCCGAGGGGCUGCGCCGCUCCAUCCAGAACCUGGGCUCGCUGCUGACCACCAGCGCCACGGCGCACACCACGGUGGCCACGGGCGAGGGGCUGCGCCAGGCCGUGGUGGGCCAGCCCUGCUCGCUCAGCGUCACCACCAAGGACAAGGACGGGGCGCUGGUGCGCAGCGGCGGCGCCCGCCUGCGCUUCGCCGUGACGGGCCCCGACGGCGCCGCGGCCGAGGCCGAGGUGCAGGACAACCGCAACGGCACCUACGAGCUGGUGUACACGCCUCGCGCCGAGGGUGACUUCGUGCUGUCCAUCCUGCUGUACGGGCAGCCCGUGCGCGGCUCCCCCUUCCGCGCCCGCGCCCUGCGCCCCGGCGACGUGCCCCCGUCCCCCGAGGAGGCCAAGCGCCGCGUCAAGUCCCCCGGCGGGGGGCACGUGCGGCAGAAAGCCCUGCGCCGCCCUGCCAGCAUGUACGGCAGCGCCAAGCGCAAGGAGAACCCCAUCGAGGACGAGCUCAUCUUCCGUGUCGGUAGCCGCGGCCGGGAGAAGGGCGAGUUCACAAACCUGCAGGGGAUCUCCACGUCCAGCGCCGGUCGUAUCGUCGUGGCUGACAGCAACAACCAGUGCGUGCAGGUCUUCAGUAACGAGGGGCAGUUUCGGCUGCGUUUCGGGGUGCGGGGGCGCUCCCCGGGGCAGCUCCAACGCCCCACCGGGGUCUCUGUGGACACCAAUGGUGACAUCAUCGUGGCCGACUACGACAACCGCUGGGUCAGCGUGUUCUCACCUGAGGGCAAGUUCAAGACGAAGCUGGGUGCGGGGCGGCUGAUGGGCCCCAAGGGCGUCGCCGUGGACCGCAACGGGCACAUCAUCGUGGUGGACAACAAGGCGUGCUGCGUCUUCAUCUUCCAGCCCAACGGGAAGCUGGUGGCGCGUUUCGGCUCCCGCGGCACUGCCGAGCGCCAGUUCGCAGGUACCCCCCGGGCCCCUGGCU